GGCUGCUGUUCCUCUACAUAAAUUUGGCUUUUCCGAACAACACUGGAUCACAAUAUCGGGAUCAAUAUUUAGAAUUGGGUUUGAUUUAUUAACAGACAUCAGACGGGAUUUAAACGUGCGCAUUGUGCGGGAUAAUAGCCGCACCAAUCUGGCAACCAAGUCUGCAUCUCUCAACCUGGAGAAGAGCUGCAUCACCGAAAGGCCACAAGUCCUGAACCACCCGUCCAAAAAUGCCUGUCGCAUCAGCCAGCUCAGACUCAGCAAUGCACAGCGUCCUGGACACGCUGAGCGACAGCACCAGCUCCACCACCGCCAACGAUCUGGACCUGAUCUUCCUCAAGAACAUCAUGGAGAGUCCCGUGGCUCACGAGUGCUACGAGGAGCCGAAACUGGAGGCGGUGAGUGAGAACAACGUGGAGCUGGUGCAGGACAUCCUAAAAGAUCUGUCACCGCUCGCGCCCCAGAGUCAGACGGCACACGAGCUCGUCCGUAUCCUCAGUGAGCCGCACUUCCAGUCUCUGCUGGAAACGCACGACUCUGUGGCCUCCAAAAGCUACGGGACUCCCCCGCCCAGCCCCUGCGCCUUCAUGGACCCCUCGCUGAACAACCAGCCCGUCCCGCCCGACGCCGUCAGGAUGGUCGGCAUCCGCAAAGUCUCCGGAGAACAUCUGGGUGUGACGUUCCGCGUGGAGGCCGGAGAGCUGGUGAUUGCACGCAUUCUGCACGGCGGCAUGAUCGAUCAGCAGGGUCUCCUGCACGUGGGCGACGUCAUCAAAGAGGUCAACGGCAAGGAGGUGGGCAGCGACCCCAAGGUCCUGCAGGACAUGCUGAAGGAGGCCAGCGGCAGCGUGGUGCUCAAGAUCCUACCCAGCUACCAGGAACCACACACAGCUCGCCAGGCCUACGUCAAGUGCCACUUUGAUUACGACCCGGCUAACGACAACCUGAUUCCAUGUAAAGAGGCCGGACUUCGCUUCCACAGUGGAGAGAUCCUGCAGAUCUUUAACCAGGACGACCCCAACUGGUGGCAGGCGUGCCACCUGGAGGGCGGCAGCGCAGGUCUAAUCCCGAGCCAGCUGCUGGAGGAGAAGAGAAAAGCCUUCGUGAAGAGAGACCUGGAGCUCAACACUUCAGGCAUGGGGGGAAAGAAGAAGAAGAGGAUGAUGUACGUGACCACCAAGAACGCAGAGUUUGACAGGCACGAGCUUCUGAUCUAUGAGGAGGUGGCGAAGGUGCCACCGUUCCGGAGGAAGACUCUGGUCUUGAUCGGAGCUCAGGGAGUGGGGCGGCGCAGCCUGAAGAACAAACUGCUGAUGACGCAACCUUUUCGCUACGGCACAACCACGCCCUACACGAGCCGUAAACCUAAAGUGAACGAGAAGGAGGGUCAGAUGUAUCUGUUCAUGUCUCGCAGCGAGAUGGAGACGGACAUCAAGAGCGGCCGUUUCCUGGAGCACGGCGAGUACGACGGCAACCUGUACGGCACCAAGAUCAACUCCAUCCACGAGGUGAUCGAGUCCGCCAAGAUCUGCAUCCUGGACGUGAACCCUCAGGCUCUGAAAGUUCUGAGGACGGCCGAGUUUCUGCCCUACGUCGUGUUCAUUGAAGCUCCUGAUUUUGAAGUUCUGAAGGACAUGAACAGAUCUGCCAUCGAGGCCGGAGUCGUCACCAAACAGCUCACGGACUGUGAGCUGAAGAGGACGGUGGAGGAGAGCGAGAGGAUCCACAGAGCUUACGGUCACUACUUCGACCUCACCAUCGUAAACGACAACCUGGACGGAGCGUACCGGAGCCUGAAGGCGGCGCUAGAGAGACUGAACACCGAGCACCAGUGGGUUCCAGUCAGCUGGGUUUUCUAAACCAGACUACAUAAUAUUAAUAUAGAUAUUGAGAAGUUACCAGAUCGUUCUGAGGUUGGAGGUUCUGUGGAGCACACAAAGCAAUCGGCUCCCACCAGGGUCUGAAGGAAAGUUACAAUUAGGUAGCAGAACGUCUGGAACGUUUAAUUUUAGAGUAGCGCUUAAUAUGAGUUGAGAUGUAAUCAAAUUCAAUAGUGGCCAACAUAUUAAUACAAAACAAGAGAAAGAAUUAGCAGUUGAGGGGAGCUUUUCUUCCAAACUUUAACAAAUAAUAAAAUAGAUUUAAUAAAAUAAAUCUCCUUUACUUUCAUCUGAUUCUGAUCGCAGGUCCUGUCUGGGCUCUCCAUCUGUCCUCCAAUAUCCGAAAAUCUGCUGUACACCAAACACCCUUCAUCACUAACUUACUGGGUGUGUUAAAAAACCUAGUGAGCUGCCUUGCUCUCUUAAUGUCUACACAGGCAGCUGCCUCAGUAGAGAGGAUUCUAAGAAGUCAUUGACUUAUAAGGCAGAUUAUUCGAACGCGCUACUUAGACAGCGACAACAUCGGGUUUUGCUUACUAAGCUAACACAGUUAGCAUCAUGCCAUUCGAACCAAUGGGAUGGGGUGGCACAGUGCUCUAGCAUGUCAACUAACAUCUCCCUCCGUGUACCGAAAACGGUUAAAUUCGCUGACAAGCCCGAAUUUGCAGAUAAAAACACUUGUGCAAGUUUAUACACAUUAAAAAUCGAUAAUAAUUUAUUUACAUUUGAAAAUAACUUGAUUGCCUUGAUAACUAAGAACACUUUGCAUGCUCACUCGUUCUUGAGUCAAAAUAGCGUUAAAGUUUUAAGAUGCCUAACUAGCGAGCAUAUUAAGGCAUCUAGGAUUUCGAACAGCCUCCUUCUCGGGAGCUCGUGUAGGAUGACAUAAAAUGCUGUCUAUGUAGAGAGCGCACUAGGUUUUCGAACACACUCACUGUGUCUAAUAAGGCUUUAGAACUAAGCCUCUGUACACACACACAUUCACUAGUCUAAUUCACUGGGCAGAGGGCAGGAAACACUGCAAUUUUUUAGUAUCUCUAGUCUACCUGACUGCUUGUAUUUAGACUGUGAGAGGAAACCGGAGCUCCCGGUGGCAACCCACGCUGACACAGUGAGAACAUGCAAACUCCACACAGAAAGGACCCGGACUGCCCCGCCUGGGAAUCGAACCCAGGACCUUCUUGCUGUGAGGCUCCAUUUCACAUUUGUCCCAGUAUAAUCUUUUACUUUACAGCUAAUGACAACUUUAACAGCUUUAAUAAAACAUCUCAAAAAACUAAAAUAAUAUAAAAUAAAUAAUAAAAAUACAUUUUAAAUAAUGGAAGAUUUGAGUAAAAUGAGAAGUAAAGCCUUGUUCCAGCAGGACCUGUCCUCCGGUUGUUUAUGCUACCUGGUAUAAAAGACAGUUUGAUACGUUGAUGUUUGUUUUGAAGCUGUAGUGGAGAGCCGAGCGUCGGCGGUAGACGUGAUUAACGAUAACGAUGUAUAUCUGUACAGAAUUCUGUGAUGUAGAAAUAGUUUCAGGUCUUUAAAUCGUGGCUUUAGUUUGAGUAUACAGUAUAUGAAGGUGGUAUUUAUGAAGCAGAAAUUGGACAUUAAUCUUGUACAUGUUGUGAUUUAUAUUCCCUUCAGGCUGAAUGUAAAUAAUUAUUAGUAUAUUUCUCUAUAUUCCACUGGCUCAUGAUGCUCUUACAGUCCAUCAGGAUAUCAGGUACGAGGUGAUGAAGGACGAACGAUGGAACGUUUACGGCCAGUUUGUUAAUGAUUUGGUCAGAAGUUGAAUAAACGUGAUCCUGAAAUAAACGGUUGAUGGUUGUUUAAA